GUAAAUGGAACAAACCAGUUUGAACACCUAUGUAGCUAUCUUUCCUUGCCAAACAACCUCACUUGCCUUUUUCAAGAAAAUAGUGAGAUUCUGAACACAUUAAUAGAAAGUUGGUGCAGUAACAAUGAAGUAAAGAGAUACCUGGAAGGCAAGAGACAUGCUAUCAGCUAUGCACGAGAAUCCAACAAAUUGAUAGACCUUCCGGACGACUACAGCUGCCUCAUUAACCAAGCAUCCAAUUUCUCGUGUCCGAAAUCAGGCGGUGAUAAAAGCAGAGCCCCAACAUUGUGCCUUGUGUGUGGGACCAUGCUGUGUUCUCAGAGUUACUGUUGUCAGACUGAAUUGGAAGGAGAGGACGUUGGAGCCUGUACUGCACAUACAUACACUUGUGGUUCUGGAGUGGGCAUAUUCCUUAGAGUACGAGAAUGUCAGGUGCUAUUUUUAGCUGGAAAAACAAAAGGCUGCUUUUAUCCUCCUCCUUAUCUCGAUGACUAUGGAGAGACAGACCAGGGACUCAGACGUGGGAAUCCCUUACAUCUGUGCAAAGAACGAUUUAAAAAGAUUCAAAAACUCUGGCAGCAGCACAGUAUCACAGAGGAAAUUGGACAUGCACAAGAAGCAAAUCAAACGCUUGUUGGCAUUGAUUGGCAGCAUUUAUAAUGGUUAUCUGCUGAAGACUGGAACUUUAUUAAGAUUUUUGUAACUCAGUAAGCUUUUCAAAGGAGGGAUUAGGAAAAACAGUCUGAGGAAAAAAAACCAACCCCAAACCCAGUCCUAUUAUUUAAUCUUUGUUUUACAAUGUAUUUCAUAAAGAUACCAGUUAACAUUAAUCAAGUAAACUUCUUUCUAUGUAAGCAAGUUUUAUUAGUCAUAUAAUUUGCACUGUGCUUCCUUCACAGAAAUGUCUUGGGUUAUAAACCUGGGCAAAUGAACUUGAGUUUCUGAUAAAAAAAAGAAUGACUCUUUUUGGAAGUCUGUGACUUUUCUUAUAAACUGCAAGAAAAAAAGACUGCUGAAACAGAAACUAGAUAGAGCACAAUUACGGAUUGUGUUUUGCCCCUUGCUAGUAAUCUGAGCCGUUUUAUUUAUUAUUCUGCAUUUUAAGACUUAAGCUGUGUGUACAUGCAAUGGAAUGAAGUAAGGAAGCAAAUAAUGUAGCAAAUGGAUGUUUCUGUCUGCAUCAGUGGAUAAUUCACUCUUUCACUUGGUGUAUC